AUGUGGUCCCCCAAGGCGUGUUACCAGAGAGAGGAGAAAAGCCGCAAGAGAUUGACCACCAACAACUUAAACAUUGGCCCCAUCUUACGACCAGAUUCCAGCACAUCACCAGUUCGCACAUCACCGGUCUGCACAUCACCAGUCUGCACAUCACCGGUCACGCGCCAGUCUGCACAUCACCAGUCUGCACAUCACCAGUCUGCACAUCACCGGUCUGCACAUCACCAGUCUGCACAUCACCGGUCUGCAUAUCACCGGUCUGCACGUCACCGGUCUGCACAUCACCAGUCUGCACAUCACCAGUCUGCACAUCACCGGUCUGCACAUCACCAGUCUGCACAUCACCGGUCUGCACGUCACCGGUCUGCACAUCACCAGUCUGCACAUCACCGGUCUCACAUCACCAGUCUGCACAUCACCAGUCUGCACAUCACCAGUCUGCACAUCACCAGUCUGUACAUCACCAGUCUGCACAUCACCAGUCUGCAUAUCACCGGUCUACGUCACCGGUCGACAUCACCAGUCUGCAUCCAGUCACAUCACCAGUCUGCACAUCACCAGUCUGUACAUCACCAGUCUGCACAUCACCAGUCUGCCGUCUGCACAUCACCAGUCUGCACAUCACCAGUCUGCAUAUCACCGUCUGCACAUCACCAGUCUGCACAUCACCGGUCUAUCACUUGUGUAGUUGCACAUCACCAGUCUGCAUAUCACCGGUCUGCACAUCACCAGUCUGCACAUCACCAGUCUGCAUACCGGUCUGCACAUCACCAGUCUGCACAUCACCGUCUGCACCACCGGCUGCACCUCACCGGCCUGCACAUCACCAGUCUGCACAUCACCGUCUGCACAUCACCGUCUACACGUCACCAGCCUGUACAUCGCCAGUCUGUACAUCACCGGUCUGCACAUCACUGGUCUACACGUCACCAGUCUGCACAUCACCAGUCUGCACAUCACCAGUCUGCACAUCACCGUCUACACGUCACCAGUCUGUACAUCACCGGUCUGACAUCACCGGUCUGCACAUCACCGGUCUGCACAUCACCAGUCUGCACAUCACCGGUCUGUACACCACCAGUCUGCACAUCACCGGUCUGCACCUCACCAGUCUGCACAUCACCAGUCUGCACAUCACCGCCCACGCCACCAGUCUGCACAUCACCAGUCUACACGCCACCAGUCUGCACAUCACCAGUCUCACAUCACCGGUCUGCACAUCACCGGUUCCCGACAUUGUAG